UAGUCUCACUUGUCUUAUUCGUCUUGUUCACUUGACAUCAUCACAUCAGCAGCAUUCACUAUUCCUUAACGGAUUACCAACUUGUAUCAGUGAUACUACUUGAUCUCGGCUGUACAAAUUCUUUUUUACAAAAUUUCAAAAUGCAGCUAAUAUUUUUAGUGGCGUUUUUAUCUCUAAACUUUAUGUCAACUUAUUGUCAGCAAGAUAAAAUUGUGGAGGAUGAAUUAUUGUUAACACUUGACGAAAAGAACGCAUUGGGAAAGUUUCAACAAGCUUUAAAGGACGAUAAAUUCUUGAAUAUAACAGAGCCUUACAUGAUGCAAGAAAUUUACUUGAUAAAAUGGCUAAGAGCGGCACAUCUCGACACGGCCAAAGCAUACAAUAAUUACAGAAUGAAUAUAAAAUGGAGAAAAGAGAACAAAAUGGACACAAUUUUAACGGAAGACUUUGCCGUACAAAUGGAGCACCUUCCAAUUUUUAUCGACGGUGAAGACAAAAUGGGACGACCAAUUAUCGCUGCGGACGCUGGUCAAUGGGAUGUGCGUCGUGGCGUUGUUUCCGGUUUACGUGACAUGGCAACACGAUUUCUCUAUUACGUUAUCGAAAAACAAUAUAAAAAGAUUCGUGAAAAACAGUACAAGGGAGAAAAUGUGACACAAAUCCAGGUCAUUGUUGACCUCAGCGGGUACAACCUAGUGCAACACGGGUGUUUAAACUGUAUUCCGCUGUACAUCAAUUUCAUUCGAAGUUUUGACCACUACCCAUAUCUGGCACAUUCUAUCAUUGUUGUGAAUGCACCUCCAGUCUUUGAAGCUGUUGCUGACUUGUUGAACCUUCGGCAACCACGAAGAUUCCGCGUUCAUAUUUUUGGCAAUAAUAAAAGUGAAUGGCACAAGUUUCUUUUGACUUUCAUAUCACCAAACCAGCUUCCAGUAUUUUUGGGUGGAACAGCCGUUGAGAACUGAGUUACAUGCAAGUAUUAAUAUGUUUAGUAAACUUACUUAAUUAUCUAGCACAUCCAUAAUUAUUUAUCUUUUAGAAUGCCAAUUUAUUAUAGCAAAUGCUAUAUUUAUAAUAAUUCUAUGAUUUGAUCUGAAGUAAUGCAGAAUUACAAAUAUAUAUUCCCAUUAAAUAUUCCUGAAAGCAGGCAAAGUAUUAUACAAAUAUUAAUAGUAUUUAUAGAAUUAGAAGAAACAGGAAUGUCAUAUUGGAAAAUGUUUAAGCAAAAAAGCGUACUAUACAUUUGAUCCAGGUACAAAUAAAUACACAAGUAUAUUAACUAUGUAA